AUGGGUAACCAUCUUACUUGUGGUCCAGAUGAGGUGAUAGUGAUCUCCGGUGGGCUUGUAAGAGGAAAGAAAAAGAGGUACAUUAUUGGUGGUUACGCAUACGCUAUAUGGUGCAUAACAGAUGUGCAGUAUCUUUCGCUGAAUCUAAUGACAGUUUAUCCUUAUUGCCACCACGUGGAGACAAUACUUGGAGUUGCUGUUACAGUAUCCUCUGUGGCUCAAUGUAAGUUCUUAAAAGAUAUGGAAUUUUUAAAAAUUGCAACAGAACAAUUUCUGGGGAUGGAAGAAGAUCAAAUUAAACGUACCAUUUGUGAAACACUCGAGGGAACAUUAAGAGCCAUAGUUGGUGGCAUGACGGUAGAACAGCUUUACAAAGACAGGGUAAUGUUUUCUAAAAGAGUUUGGCAAGUUGCUGCACCGGAUAUGGCUCGAAUGGGAAUGGCAAUAAUGUCUUUCACCAUAAGAGAUAUAUGGGACGAGGAGAAUUACCUCAGGUCACUAGGAAGGGCACAAAUAGCAGCGGUCAAACGAGAUGCAGCCAUAGGAGUGGCCGAAGCAGAGAGGGACGCUGGUAUCCGAGAAGCGGAAUGUGAAAAAGAAGCACAGAAUGUAAUUUUCGAGAUGAGAGCAAAAAUUGGAAGCCAUUCAAAAAUGUACAAUCUUGCAAAAUCAUCUUUUGAUCAAGAAGUGAACGCUGCUAAAGCUCAGGCCGCUCUUGCCUAUGAACUCCAGGCUGCUAAAAUCCAACAGCAAAUUCGUAGUGAAGAAGUACAAAUAGAUAUUAUAGAACGAAAGAAGGAAACUGAGGUUCAGGAAAAAGAAGUUGAAAGAAAGAAUAAAGAACUUAUCUCAACGAUUCGACUUCCUGCAGAGGCUGAGAGCUAUGAAAUAUACACAGUAGCACAGGGAUUAAAAGCUCAAACUCUAGAAGAAGGCAAAGCAGAAGCUGAACAGCUGCGACUACUAGGUACUAGUGAUGCACGUGUAUUGCAGGUUACUGGCAAUGCUGAUGCACAUCAAAUGCUUUUAAGAGCAAACGUAUUUAAGUCUUACCAAACUGCAGCUAAGUUGGCUCUUGUUCUGGAAUCAUUACCUAAGAUCACAACUCAAAUUUGCCUUCCCCUAGAAAAAGUCAAGGAAAUUGUCAUUAUUGGAGGAAGCGACAAUAUAACGUCAGAACUUAGCAGGCUUAUUGGACAGAUACCUCCGUCUCUAUCUGCAUUGGCUGGGAAAGAAUUAGAAAAUCUUCUUAAGAAGAAAUAA